UUACAUCAUUGGUGUGAAGCAACCUGCGUUAAAUGUUUGUUUUGUUUUUGAAAGCCACAGUGACGCGAAUUUUAAAUAUGUUGCUAAUACUAGUAAUAGUAGCGUCUUGCAACAUUGUGUCUGGUACAACAAUAAAACCAAUUGUAAUGUGGCAUGGAAUGGGUGACAGCUGCUGUAACCCAAUUAGCUUAGGGAGAAUAAAAUUAGUAAUCGAAGACACGUUUCCAGGUGUCUAUGUGAAGAGUAUCAAAAUUGGUGCCAAUAUAAUUGAGGACACGGAAAACGGAUUCUUUUUAAAUGCAAAUGUACAAAUUGAAGAAGUGUGCAGUCAGCUAGCAAAUGACAGUAAGCUAGCAGACGGAUACAAUGCGAUAGGUUUUUCUCAAGGAGCGCAGUUUUUGAGAGCUGUUGCUCAACGCUGCCCAUCUCCUCCUAUGAUUAAUCUUGUGUCACUGGGAGGGCAACAUCAAGGAGUAUAUGGUCUUCCAAACUGUGGAUACCCGGCACAUAAAUGGUGUGAUUACAUACGGAAAAUAUUGAACGUAGGGGCAUACUGGAGUUGGGUGCAGCGUGAAUUAGUACAGGCAGAAUACUGGCAUGAUCCACUGAACGAAGAAGAGUAUCGCCAGAGAAGUAUCUUCCUGGCUGACAUAAACAAUGAACGACAACUGAACGAGACCUACAGAACUAAUUUACUGAAGCUAAAGAACCUUAUCCUGGUGCGCUUUAACAAUGACACAAUUGUGGAGCCCCGAGAGACAGAAUGGUUUGGCUUCUAUCGUCCAGGACAGGCCAAAGAAGUGUACUCGUUGAGGGAGAGCCCACUGUACAUUGAGGACCGUAUAGGCCUAAAACAGAUGGAUAAAGAGGGCCGCCUAAAACUGAUUGCAAUUGAUGGUAAUCAUCUGCAGUUUAGUGAAGAAUGGUUUGUCAAUACAAUUCUUCAUGGUUUUCUAGAAUGAUACUUUAUCAUUACAGGGAAAUAUUAAUGAGUAUAGGGGGAUGUAUUUCCUGCAAGUUUCUGAAAAAGUACAGUAGACUAAAAAUAUUUAUUUUUAACUGCCAAUGAAUGCUAGAAUGAUGAAUGUGAGAAAUAGUAGACAAAAAAAACUCAACACAUAUGCGUAUCAUUUUCUAAAAAACUAGUUAACUUCACUGUUUGGUAUACUUUAUUUUAAAAACAGUAAUAAUUGAGCAAACUUGGAUUGUGUGUGUGUGUGUGUGUGUGUGUGUGUGUGUGUGUGUGUGCUUCUGAUAUGCAUAUUGAAUGUUGUCUGUAUUUAUUAUUUUAUUAACUAUGCCCAAACACUGUCUGCUUCAAUCCAGAGAAUCACCCUCAAAGCAAAUAUAGUUUUUACUUGUACUGUUUUUGGGAACACGUCAAUCCUCACUAUUUACAAGACUUGUUUUCUAAAUCCUGAACAAAUUUUGUGUGUUAAUCUUGGCAGAUGAAUGCACACUUUGUAUGCAUCUUAAUUCAGUGUAGACAUUACGUAGUCUAAUCUCAAGAUUUUUGUAAUCCUCUGUAAUUUUAUUAUUGGCCCUUCUGGAUUCCUUAGUGGCUGUGGUAUGUGAUGUUCUGAUAUCAGAUUUUUUUGUGCUUCUGUGUAAAUACUCUUUUUGCAAUUUGGUGAAAAUAAAAAUAAUGUAAUGAAAACUAUGAAAAAGCACUGCUUUAUGCUUUUGUUUUGUACAUUAAAGACUUAGUGAAAUGGAAGAAAUGAAGACUGACUAGUGGCAGAGCAGCCACAGACUGAACUGUUUCUGCUUUGUAAUUUUGUAAUAUGGCAGCAGAAAAAAAUUAACAUCUUUAGAUAAGUUUCAUGUCACUGAUGAGUAUAUACAUGUUUGAAUACAAUUGAGUAUUCUAUGCAUAUGAUGUAACAGGCUGGUGUAGAAAUACUAUUUAUUGGUUUAUUUAUGUAUUAUUUAUUUUAUUCAUUUAUUAAGAAAUGCAGCCCACUAUCUGAAAAGCUGUAACAGACUUUGCAACCUGUGUUUUUGCAUGUAAUAAAAGUGUAGAUAAUAA